AUGAAGGCACACAGGACUCAUCAAUUGGUCAGAAGGUGUCUUCACAACCGACCGAAGUCGGUCACAGCAGGUGAAGAUGGCUUUAAAAAAGUUCGCUGGGCCGACAGCGUCUUUGGAGGCUACGUACGACGAAUUGUCGAGCCGACAUUGAAAAGCAUUGAAGUGUACCUCUCCGAUCAGGGAGCAGAAUUGGAUCAAAGAGCAAAUUACAAAAAUAAUAGAAAUGAGCAUGAGUACCUGAAUCUUCAUAGUACGACGGACAUCAAGAGACUAAACUCUACACCUUUUUCCAAUCGUGUAUAUAGCGCAGCUUGGAAACGAACUAGGGAACGUUUGAGACCUCAUCAUACCACUCUUCUAAGUUUAUAUCUUGUCAACGGGACUAUAGACCAGCUUCCUACAAUAAUAGAAUUUUUGGUCAGGACCAGAUGGUAUGCCAAUGCCUCUAUUUUAUUAAAUGGGGCAGAUAUGAACUUCACAGACUUUUUAAGUUACACUAACGCUCUUUUGGAGCAGCAAUUUGAUUCAGACUGGUCGAGGAAAGAAUUUCUUAGGCAUCUUAUGCGAGAAGUAUCAAACCCACGAACACUUCUUCAGAUAGACAGGAAAGAUUUACUGGUAGAUCUAGAGCUUGCGAACCGGCUGGAGGACAGAUAUUCGGAAGCGGGCCAUCCUUUUGAAAUUUUGCAACUCCACUUGAACCAGAUCAUGGGCCAAAACGGUAGCGAUAUCAUUGAAAGCACCAAGCUAAAACUCCUUAUUCAAAACAUUCAACAAACUGUGCGCGAUCCCAAAGUCCAGGUCAACGAGUUUUUUCGUGUGGCACAAACCUUCAAGCAGCUUUUUGCUAAGUCUCCCGACACCGUUGGAUAUUUCAUCCUGACAUGCAUACCGCAUCUGGAGAAGGACACGAAGAGCUGGUGGUUCUCAAAAAUCUUUUUUCAGUCCUUCCUGAUGUCACAUAUUACAGUGAACGACGUGAGAGUCAUAUUAGAUAAGCUCAUACUCAACGAGAAGCAGCUAGAAACGCUUUGGGAAUUUUGCAAAAAACCAGACAUCUGGCUUCAGGGACAAUUCUUUCAACAUAGGCAUUACAGUAAACACAUGACGUGCGAGUCAUUUUCCCAAUUGCCCCCAUCAAUGCAGAAAACAGUUUUAAUUGAGCUCUAUUUAAAGGGAGCAGGAAAUCCUAAAGAAUUGGGCAGAAUAUUCGCCUAUGCAAAAGGCAUGUCUGACGAAUAUUAUCUCCAAGCAACCCUACACUAUAUCAUUGAGUCUGAGACUCAAAAGUACAUCACCUCGAUAGAUGAUUGGCUGCGAUUAUUAAAAACGCUCUUUAAACUCGAAGAAAAAUUGCCCACUAGCGUGAUAAAAAAUAUGGCCAGAUUUGGGGCUGCCUUCACCAAACCUCCACCCCGCAGCUCUCAGCUGAAGCAGCUUGUUUCAAUACUUGAGCACCAAAACAGCUCAUGCGGACUUCCACUAAUGCCUUUAGUUUUGCGCUGGUUCAGAACACUUCAACUAAAAGCCCCUGAUGAUGAAAGAAAGACGAGAAUUGGAGCUUUAUUUGCCAGAUCACUACAUGCAGUUAGAGACCUUUCAAAAACCGUUGACGCUGACCUCUACGUACUGGGUUCGAAAGUGCCAAAAGUUGUGCUGUCUGAUGCCAUGCAGUUGAAUCUCAUAGCCAAGCAACUGUGGAAACUGGACAACGAUAGCAUUUCCUCCUUUAUCGGCAAUUACAUUGAUAGCUUGUUCACAAAAGAAAGCUACACUCACCACAUAGUUCACGAGAAAAUACAGACUGCGAGCUUUAUUAUUGACAUGCUUUUUCGUUUGGUUUUGAAGAAGGGUCGUAUGAACUGGAAGACAUUUGUGGAGGUUCACUCAAUUCUCGACAAUUAUACAGUCAGCAAGUCACGGUCAUUUCAUGCUAGAAAUCUCAAGACUCGGCAAAGCUUGAUCAAAGUUGUGGAUUCUACAGUUAGCGGAUUAGCAGAUAAACUCCUGGCAGGCCACGCCCCACGCUAUAGAUGUAUUCAAAAUGACCACGAAGAAAUUGGGUUGGAAAAGCUGAAGCUUGUGUGCUCAAAACUAGAAGACGAGGGCUAUAUCACCAACUGCUUUGAUCCUGUGAGAACCAGGAGUAUGGUAUCGCGUGGAGACGCGUUAGAACGGGUUCGAUUACAAGCUACCGUGAGGACCAAAAUGUGGAUUGUACACAAUCUAGUCUCAGCCAGUCCGCAUCUAAUUGACAAAGUGCUUGACAAAUAUUACACUGAUUAUGACACAGAUAUACCGCCUGCACUAAUUCAUCAGAUGAUGAUCUGCAUCAUGGAAUCAAAAUUCAGUUUCUCAGAAAAGCUCCAAGUCUACAGGUAUCUCGACAAACUGGCAUUGCUGCUGAGUCGUGGCUCAACUAUCUAUGCCAAGUAUCGGCGACAAAGAAGGGCAACAGAAGUGCUGAUUGACAAAAUCAUAACCGAUUCAUGGAAGGAGGGAUAUAAUCAUAAACUGUUGAUAAGUACCCUCAAGAAAAAACGGUAUCUCAAAUUUGACGACCAGUCACAUAGGUGGUCUGCUAUGCUGGAGAACAUGAAACUUCAUAAAGACGGAUUUUGGAAAGAAAAACUUAGAUAA